ACACAUAGACACACACUCGCUUGUGCUUUAUAUCGCCGUGCCAGCCUUUCAGAGCGACGGAGAGGCUGCCGAGAGAAGCGAGAGGAGAGGGAGAGAGAGGAGGACCGCUUAUAUAACACCAGCACUGGGAAAUGCUGAGAUCUGAGCAGACCUUCACUGGACAAUAAGCGGGAAAACACAGAUCUUAACCUGCCAUAAACUGAUAAGUGAUCGCACGAUAAGAGGAUUCCGUGCGUAACACUCCUGCGCUAAAGCUUUUCCUGAAGGAUCAUCCUGGAUUCAGUGACCACAUCCUUGGAUAUUAAACCCCCUUCUGGAGGAGGAGUUGUGGCAAUGAAGCGCAAAGUCUACAGUCUACGCAGGGUUCUUCUCAAGAUGCUCCGGCUGUUUCUGAGAUUAUGAAGCUCUAAGUUGAUCCAUCUCCUCGUUCCUCCUCGUCAGUGAAAUGGCCUUCCACUGAGGUUGGAGGCGGUAAACGUUGUGGGGAUGGUGGUGGUCCUCUACAAACUGCACUGCCUCCUGAAGCGGGCCCAGAUGCUGCUGCUCUGCCUGGGAAUAGCCUAUCUGAUGGCGGGCAGCAUCCUACUUCUGCAGCGCUCCAGCAUCCGAGUAACGCAGCCAAACCUCGCCAGCCUGCCGCCUCUGCUGUCUCUCGCAGCGCCACCCACCGCCUUCAGGACCGCCGGCCUGGGCGUGAGGGCACGCUCCAGAUGGGCCGCCGCUCAGGCUCAGGCUGCGUCUGGAGGGGGGGCCAAGGCGGGGCGACACUGGCCGGCGUCCCGGAGCCUCGGGGUUCAACACUUGCAUCGGCGCUGGUUUCACAGUCUCCUGCCUGAAGGUCCAGAGCAGAAAGCUUCAGUACACAGGAACGGCAGACACAAAGGAACGUACAUGGGCUGCUUUCUGCACAACGCCAGUGAUCAAGCUCUGGGCGGAACCAUGCUUUAUGACCUGCGCAAAAUGACCAGUUCUCUGUGUCAAGACACCUGCUCAGAAAGUGGGUACCAGUUCGCCGGUCUGGAGUACGGGGCCGAGUGCCACUGCGGGAACCGGAUCAGCAGUCCCCGGGCCCCCGAGGAGGACUGCAGCCUGGUGUGUCGGGGCGAGAGGGGGUCUCCCUGUGGAGGCGUGGGCCGUCUCUCCAUCUACAAGGUGGAGGAGCAGCUGCCGGGUCACAGGAAAUUCAGAAACGUUCACUACCGCGGUUGUUUCCAGCUGUUAAAGAACACCAUCAGCACAUUCCCCAUCCACUCCUUCCAGCCCAACCUCACCGUUCAGUCCUGCAUCGAGACCUGCACAGAUAAGGAGCUCCCGCUGGCGGUGUUCAGCAGGCCUCAGUGUUUCUGCACAUGGACGUCGUCUCUGUUCAGUCUCAAUCAGCAGACUGACAACCAACAGUGUGAGGAGAAAACCAGCCUGAACCACAGCAGUUCGUCCACGGCGCCGGCAGCCAAAGCCCGACCUGACUACUACCUGGUUUAUCAGACGCCCGUCCUCGACUCCAGGUGCAAAGAGAGGAUGUUUCUGCCUCAGAGAUCCAUCUCCCUGGUGGCUCUUUCUAGUUUUCCUGGUGCAGGAAACACCUGGGUACGGCACCUGAUUGAGCUCGUGACCGGUUUCUACACUGGCAGCUUCUACUUCGACGGCACGUUGUACAACCGAGGUUUCAAAGGGGAGAAGGACUACUGGAAGAGCGGCAGAAGCAUCUGUGUGAAGACCCACGAGAGCGGCCAGAAGGAGAUCGAGAUGUUCGACUCAGCCAUCUUGUUGAUUCGAAAUCCUUACAGAUCCCUCAUGGCUGAAUUCAACCGAAAAUGCGCUGGACAUUUAGGACACGCCACCGAUGCGCAGUGGAGAAGUAAAGAAUGGCCUGAGUUCGUGUCCAGCUACGCCCCCUGGUGGGCAUCCCAUGCUCUGAGUUGGCUGAAGUUUGGCCGUCGCCUCCUGGUCGUCCACUACGAGGAGCUGCAGAAGGCCCUCCUCCCCCAGCUCCGCCUCAUCACCGCCUUCCUGAAUAUAACGAUGACGGAGGAGAGGCUGCUUUGCGCCCAAACCAACCAAGAUGGACAUUUCAAGCGUUCGGUGUCUCAGCGGCCGUCCUUCGACCCGUUUACCCCUGACAUGAGGAGGAUGAUCGACUCCUUCGUGCGUACCGUUGACCAGGCGCUGCAGAGCAGGAACUUUAGCGGCCUUCCACAGGAGUACGUCCCCAGAUGAUGAUAGGAAAAGGUCAUCCACACAUCCUCUGACUGACUGGUUCAGCAGGGGUUUGUCGACUGAAUGCUCUGCAGCUGACUGUUUGAUGAGACGGACCCCCUGUGAACGGCUGCAGUGUCAUGGAAACAACGAUGAAAACAUGACAAUUCAUCGUGAAGUCUGAUGAAAGCCUCGGGUCCACAUGACGAACACUCAGAGCGGAUUUGAUGUGAUCUGCUGCCCUGCAGACUUGGGAUUAUCCAGCAAAGUGCCAACUGCAGAAUGAGUGUUAAAAAAAAAAAAAAAGAAAAAAAAAAUCAAGGACACACUUGUUUUUCUUCAGCCA